AUGAAGAUGGCAUUUGAUCGGUCCAAGCUAACCACUGUCUUCCUGUUUGCUUUUUGUUUACUCCUACCGUCAAUCCAAGCAAAAGAUGUCAAAUACUGCGGAGCAGAUAGGAAAGGUAGUUAUGUUGUUAAGGUUGAUGGUGUCGAGAUAUCGCCGGAUCCGGUGGUGACAGGCAAGCCUGCCACCUUCAACAUUUCAGCUUCCACUGCUCAACCCAUAUCUGGUGGGGAAUUGGCUAUCGAGGUUUCUUAUAUGGGGAUUCGAGUCCAUAAAGAGACUCAUGAUCUUUGUGCGGGGAGGCCUUGCCCUAUAUCAGCUGGAAAGUUUGUUCUCUCUCACACCCAAACUCUACCAGUUUUUACUCCACCAGGCACUUACACUCUUAAGAUGAUGAUGGAGGAUGAGAAAAAACGUCAGUUGACUUGCAUUACCUUCAGCUUCAGCAUUGGAUUUGGAUCAUUGGUAUCCUCUAUUUGA